UGUGCGCGCGGAGCUCAGGAACCACCACCCCGCUGUACCGCGGGAUCCGAGUCAAACACUGAGCUCCAAUCCGCCCCGCCCCGAGGCUCCGCCCCCGCGCGCACCGCUGGUGACGUCAGUCACGCGUUCUAGACCGUUCCAGCCCCGUGACGUCACUCGCGGCGUCAUUCCAGAAGAUUCGGCCGGGGCUUGUAUAAAGGCCGCGGAAGAGGCGGGGCCGCCGGGGUUGGGCAGCGGCAGUAGUAGCUGUGUUGCGUGCAGCGGAGCGGCCGCAGCGGCACCCACCAUGGUGAAGGAGACGGAAUACUACGACAUCCUGCAGGUGAAGCCUAAUGCCUCCUCCGAGGAGAUCAAGCGCGCCUACCGCAAGCUGGCGCUGAAGUACCAUCCCGACAAGAACCCCAGCGAGGGCGAGCGGUUUAAACUUAUAUCCCAGGCAUAUGAAGUUCUGUCGGACCCAAAGAAAAGGGACCUCUAUGACCAGGGUGGGGAGCAGGCUAUUAAAGAAGGAGGCCUGAGUGGCGGCAGCUUCUCUUCACCCAUGGACAUCUUUGACAUGUUCUUUGGUGGUGGAGGCCGAAUGAAUAGAGAGAGAAGAGGCAAAAAUGUGGUGCACCAGUUAGGUGUAUCUCUUGAAGACCUAUAUAAUGGUAUUACAAGGAAGCUGGCACUGCAAAAGAACGUUAUUUGUGCAAAGUGUGAAGGUUAUGGCGGAAAGAGAGGGGCAGUAGAAAAAUGUCCUGUGUGUAAAGGAAGAGGGAUGCAAGUUAUAGUUCAGCAGAUUGGACCUGGCAUGGUGCAGCAAAUCCAAACUGUGUGCCCAGAAUGCAAAGGCCAAGGUGAAAGAAUAAACCCGAAGGACAGGUGUGACAACUGCAAUGGCUGUAAGGUUGUAAGAGAAAAAAAGAUCAUAGAAGUUCAUGUUGAUAAAGGUAUGAAAGAUGGUCAGAAGAUAGUAUUUCAUGGAGAAGGUGACCAAGAGCCUGAUUUGGAGCCUGGUGAUGUUAUAAUUGUGCUUGAUCAAAAGGAUCACAGUGUCUUUCAGAGACGAGGGCAUGACUUAAUCACAAAAAUGAGAAUUCAACUCUCGGAGGCCUUAUGUGGUUUCAGAAAGACAAUUGAAACUCUGGACAACAGAGUUCUUGUCAUAUCUACUAGGCCAGGUGAAGUGAUAAAACAUGGUGACCUAAAGUGCAUCUACAACGAAGGGAUGCCUGUCUACAAAUCCCCAAUGGACAAAGGCAGCCUGAUCAUACAGUUUCUGGUCCAGUUUCCAGAGCACUACUGGCUGCCAAGGGAGAAGCUGUCUCUGCUGGAGGCUCUGCUUCCUCAGCGAGAAGAUGUUAUGGUUACAGAUGAGAUGGAUCAGGUAGACCUGGAAGAUUUUGAUCCCAACGAGCAAACCUACCGCAACAGUGCUGGAGAAGCAUAUGAGGAAGAUGAGGAAGGUCCAAGAACAGGAGUACAAUGUCAGGCAUCUUAAAGCAAGGUGGAGUGGAUGUCAUCUAAGAUGUAAAUUUUCACAAUGAAAACUGCAUGGCUGUAAUAGCCACUGCUUGUGAUUUUUGUGUUCAGCAAAUUGAGUUGCUGCGCUGUCAGUAUCACCUUUUUUUAACUAAUUUAUAUUGUGUUCUUGCAGUCUUUCUAUAUAAGCCAAUGUCAUACAGCUGAGAACCAACUGAGUUGGUAAUGCAUUUUCCUUGCUGUGAAGGUUCUCAAAUUAUUUCACCUGUGCUGUUUCUAUAUGACUUGGGCAAUAUUGAUAGAGGCUAAGUGGAGUGUCUUAUGUAAAUACUUUCAUACUGGAAAAUUAAUUUCAUAGAAUAAAACAUAUCAGAAUGACUUCUAAUAAAUAGUACUUCACCUUUUUUUCAUGCUUCUCUUGUACUCUCUAAGCCACUCUAGAACCACCUUUAUUUAAACAAGUUCUUCUAAGCUCAGACUCCUGUCAUCUUGUCUAGAUUAUCCUCAAUAUUCAACUUUGUAUUAGCUGUACCACCACUCAUACCUGUCUCAUUUUGUAUUUCCAGAAGCAUUUUGUGCAUGCCCUCCUCUGCCUCAUAGCCCUCUCUUCCUGUGUUCUGUGGGUUUACAGUAGCAUUCCUUCCCGUGCUUCUCUGUGUGACCUGAGGUUACAAGCUCUCCUUUAAUGUGUUACAUACAAGCAAAUACUUCCAAAUAAAAGUUUGACCUUCCAGAAGCUCAAGGUUUGUAUUUCAGCCUUCCUAGAAAGGGUUUUUACUUCAUAGGCAUUGUAUACUUGUGCCUUAACUAAAAUGAAUAAACCAAAACCAGCUGCAUUUGGUAUAGUGCUGCUGUUUGAUAACAUACAUGAUAGCACAGUAGAGUGAUCCCAUUAAAGCUUUUUUCCCUUUUAUCUAUUUACUGGUAGUGUUUGUGGUAAGUGACGGUUAGAAACAAGUGAUCGAUCCCCUUAAGUGAAAUUAAACCAUGCUGAAUGAUCUAUGUCCAUUUACCACACAAUUAUUGAAACAGGUGUUCAGCUUAAGCUGAGGCUGUCAUUUCCCAUGUCUGUAACACAGCCUCAGUCCUUUUCCUUCUGCUAAAAUAAGCUGCUGUGACACUCAGCCCAUGCCAUCCAGCUCUACUCUAUUUCUGUUUAAAGGCAGGGGCGAUUAACUGAGUACUUCACCUAUGACUAUGUUUUUCCAAAAUGAAUUUUUUUCCAAGAAUUAGACAUGAGGACUUGGAGCUGUAGCUUUUAUUUUAAAAAAGUAAAGCUUUCAUGCUAAACAAAAUCCAAAUUAGAUAUAAACAUACCUGAUUUUGCAGAUUGUUAUGAAAUGCUUUUAUCAUAUAUAAAAUUACAUAGUCCCUUGAAACUGCUACAGGAGAUUUACUGAAGCAUCUGAGUCAAGACAUUUAAACUGGGCAGUCAUAAAUAUGAAUUUCUUGGUCAUCACCAACAGACACAAUUUUGGACCCACUUCCAUUGUAUUUCACUCCCCAAACCUGUAAAUAAAGACAUAUGCAAAUUUAGCAAGAGAGGACAACAAAAAAGCAUUGUUGUGGCACUCACAUUUAUUAUAAGCAGUAGAGGAAGGGUUAUUGAAGUCACCAGAUCAGAACUGGUGCAGGACACUGCCCUGCAGGAGCCACACCUGUGGCCAGGGGGUUACAGCAGCCACAGCUACUCCAAACUGCUUGCCCCAGUUUGCACCAAUAGCACAAGCAUUUUCACUCAUGCCCAUCCUGCAGCCCUUUCUGAAAACAGCAUUUUACAGUGCAGGAAAGCAAGCGAGGAAGUAUUUGUCAUGCAGACUGACAUGUCAUGGCAGACUGAAAAAUGAUCUGGUUUAUCCUUGAGCUCUUCCAGAGAACCAUUUCCCUACCAGUGCAAAACUUACAUAGAAAAAUGCAUCUCAGUCCUAUGGUUUGAGAGUUACACAAGCUGUCAAGUGCCCCCUCUCCAUCAGAAUGACAUCAGGAAGGCUGCUGAAUGUGAAAUGCAGGGUGGGUGUGCUGACCACAGAAUGUUUGGGCACUCUUGUACUACUAACGCUACUUUGCAUUAAUACCAAACCCAGCACUCCCAAUAACUGAGAUGUAACCCUGACAUAUCUCUGCUGGCCACAGACUGAAUGAAAUUAUGCACAACAGCUACAGCAACAGUGUGAAUCAACUCCCGCUUGGUACUGCAAAACUAAAACCGCUGAAAACAUUGUAACAAAAUCUGGCAGAAUAUUCUUUGUUUCUUGCUCAGUGAUCCAUUAAAACAUAACAUUGUUCAUUUAUCACCUGACACUUGCGCAGAGAAAGGGGUAGAAAGCUAACUCCUUCCCUCACAGGUAGCUAUCACUGAGCAGCAAAUUUAAAACCCACAGUAUUACAGACACUGGAGAAGGAAAAACUCCCCAGUUUCCAGGCUGCUUUCAGGCAUCUGUUUAGGUAGUUCCAUCCUUUUAAAUUAUUUCCACCCUUCCACAGCACAUGCUGUGUAAGUCACAGAAAUAAGUAAGGCUAGAAUCAAAGGUAACAACUAAAGAGUCUGGUGAGACUUUGGCCACUCAGGAUUGCCUUUAUUUGGGCCUGAAGAAUGUUAAUUACUUGGGAGUACUAGUUCAAUAUUAAGUGCUAUAUAACCACAACUUGCUUAAUGAAAUUUUACAAGCUGAAGUUGCAUCACUGCAAUCCUGGAGCUGCAGCACCAAGGUGAAGCACAAAUAUGCACAACCAAACAAGCUCUGCUGGGAGCUUGGGAACUGAAGGAAUAGCAGCCAUACCUGAUCUUGGUGGUCAAAGAAAGUAUGGACACAGGUCCUUGUUCCAGCAUCCCAAACUUUUACACUUUUAUCAGAUGAACUGAAA